UUGGACAGCAGACAUCACCCUGGGUGUGUGUGUAUGUGUGUGUAUGAAGCCUGCUCUGUGCACGGACAUAGUUUGGAUGACUUUUCAGGACUGCCUGUCCGGUGUCUCUGCUGGCAUGGACGGCUCUGUAACACCACCAGCUCCUACCAACACACUGAAUGGACACUCCAAAACAGAAGAAGCGCCCGUUACGCAGGACACCAGUGGCGGCUGCGGCGCCUGCUUGAGGCGCAUCCAGGGCUUGAUACGUGCAGACUACAGGAAUGAGAUCGCCUACAUCAUAAAAAUAGCGGGACCAGUGGUCAUUUCGCAGUUGAUGAUCUACAUGAUCAGUUUCACCAGCACUGUGUUCUGCGGUCACAUGGGGAAAACAGAGCUUUCAGGGGUAGCAUUAGCAACUGCGGUUAUUAAUGUCACUGGCAUAUCCAUUGGCAUGGGUUUGGCUUCCGCCUGUGAUACCCUCAUAUCUCAGACGUAUGGGAGUGGAAACUUGAAGCGUGUGGGAGUGAUUCUCCAGAGAGGGAUUCUGAUUCUGCUGUUGGCCUGUUUUCCAUGCUGGGCCGUCCUCAUCAACACUGAGCCAAUCCUCCUGGCUGUCAGACAGAGCCCAGAGGUUGCCAGCCUCUCUCAGCUGUAUGUGAUGAUCUUCAUGCCUGCUCUGCCAGCUGCUUUCAUGUACCAGCUGCAAGCGAGGUAUCUGCAGAAUCAGGAAGUUAUCUGGCCUCAAGUAAUAACUGGAGCAUUAGGGAAUGUUCUCAACGCAGUAAUCAACUACAUUUUCGUCUUUCAUCUGGAUCUGGGUGUCGCAGGAUCUGCAGCAGCUAAUGCGAUCUCACAGUAUUCCCUGUCUCUGAUCUUAUUUACUUACAUCAGUUGGAAGGGGCUGUACAAGGCCACAUGGGGAGGUUGGUCACUUGACUGCCUGCAGGAGUGGGGUCCCUUCAUCAAGGUGGCUGUCCCCAGUAUGCUGAUGCUCUGUCUGGAGUGGUGGAUGUUUGAACUGGGAGGAUUCCUGGCCGGUUUGAUUGGUGAAGUUGAGCUGGGAGCUCAGUCGGUUGUAUACGGGCUGGCCACCAUAGCUUACAUGUUCCCAUUAGGAUUCGCUGUUGCAGCCAGUGUGCGGGUCGGGAAUGCUCUUGGUUCGGGCAACACAGAGCAGGCCAAGCUCUCGGGGAAGGUCUCUGUCAUCUGUGCAAUCACCAUGUCAUGUUUUGUUGGAGCUUCUCUUGGAAUCCCUAAAGACGUCAUUGGAUACAUUUUUACCACCGAGCCAGAAAUUAUUCAGAGGGUUGCUGAUGUCAUGAUCUUAUACGGCUUCUUCCAUAUCGCUGAUGCCACUGCGGGUGUGAUGGGGGGUGUUAUCAGAGGAGCAGGAAAGCAGAUGAUGGGUGCUCUGGGCAACAUGGUGGGAUACUACUUCAUUGGUUUCCCCAUCGGUGUGUCCCUGAUGUUCGCAGCCAAUAUGGGAAUUUUAGGCCUGUGGUCAGGAUUCAUCAUAUGUGUGUCAUUACAGUCCAUAUUCUUUUUAGUUUUCCUGUGUAAACUUAACUGGAAGAAAGCCACUGAAGAGGCUCUUCAGAGAGCAGGAGUCCAGAGCACACAACAAAAUGAGAUGGUCGGGAUGGAAAAUAGUGCUUUUGAUACCACAGAUGACACAGAUCGGAGCAAGACCCGGGUCAGGACUAGACCUGUUCCAUCCAGUUGUGUGGGCUCUGAGGACAGCAACGUGAACAUGGAGGUGCUUGGUUCAGGCCAGGCUGCAUCCACCACGGUGGGAGUCAUUCUGUCAGUCAGACAGCUGGUUUUACGGCGUGGCCUGUCUGUGGUGAUCAUGGUCCUCAUCCUUGUUGCUGGCAUCUUCAUCAGUGACCUGCUCUCCAAGCUGCUAAAAUGACUCUCUGUGGCUUAACAGUGGCAAACAGACUGUUGGCUGUUUGCAUUAGGUCUGACAGCAUCUUAAUGUGCAUCCUCUCUGUUCUAGCUGUGGGGCAGCAGUGCCUCUGGCCUACACACACAUACAGACACUGCCCUGUUUGCAUCAUUGUAUUCUAACACUAUGUCCCAAUUAACAUGUCAACAUACCACCUGCAUUAACAUGCCAUCUAUAUACAGAUAUGUUAUCGAGAGAGGGAAGCAUGCAUGUUAAAACGAGGUGUGAAUGCAAGUCCCAACAUCAGAUCUAAUAAUCCCAAUAAUGUAUCUGGAUGCAGAGAUCAUGUGUUAAUGCAGGGUGUAAAUGAAGCAAACUCCUGCAGCUCCAUACUGAGCGCUGACAGCCAGUUUGAGAGCAAACUACAACUUCAUGUGUUGUAGUAGAAAAUGCUUUAGUAACAUAGCACAUGUACAUGUAAACAGAUAAGCAUAAAGAGUUAGGAGUCAUACAGAAUGAAUUCCAUUUUUUUUUUUUUUUUGGAAAAGUGAAAAAUGUGGGAUAUUUUGGUGGGAGGGAUAAGAGUACAUGGGAAAUUGUAACCCAAACACCACUUUGGUGUUUGACAGAUUCAAUCAAAUAAUUUUCACAGAGUUAAAUGGAGACACUAAAGAUGAACAUUUAGUUUCAAUUAAAAAAUAUAUAGAGUCAGUCCACAUUAGUUUAGUAUUUCAGCCUCACUGACAUUAAUGUAAUGAACUACAUUAUUUUUGAGUCUCUUGCUGUAAUUGUAUCAACUGUAUGUGGUAGAAUUAAAUCUUUUUAAUUUGAUGGAAAAUUGUUGUUUUAAAUGCAUUGGCAUAAAAAGCACAAUCUGCACACAUUUAACUGGAUAUAGUAUAGUUUAUUUAUAUUUGAAUCAACUUUCCAAACUACAAAUCACUGAGGUGCCACUGCACAUGAACAAGAGGUUUUAUUGCCUAUUCUGUGUUGUUCUAUCUAUCUAUAAAUUGGAGAAAUCUCUGUGUGUGUGUGUGUGUGUGUAUGUGUGUGUGUGUGUGUGUGUGUGUGUGUGUGUCUCAAUUGUCUGUGGCUCAAUUAUCUCUGCCACUGUAUGUCCAAUCGACUUCAAACUUGGCAGGUGUGUUGCUGAGGACCCUCUGCAGUGCAGCAUGGAGUAUUUAUGGCUCAAAAGCAGCAAAAAUUGAUUUCAUAUUGUUAUUUGUAAUGUUAUGUUGACAGACCACAAAUGGCACGACUCCAGUGUGAGGGCAGUGCAGCACCUGGAACGUCUAUGGUGUGCAGACGCUGCAGUUUUCAAAUG